AUGAGGGGGAGUUCGGUGGGGUUGUGUUUCCUUGCUUUGACUAUAGCCCAUGUCACUGAGAUCCAAGCUGGACUGGUCCGCAACCAUGUGAGCAGCAUCUGUAGCACAUGGGGCAGGGAGCACUUCAAGACGUUCGAUGGUGAUGUGUACCAGUUUCCUGGCAUGUGUGAAUACAACCUGGUCUCCGACUGCCAUGACACCUUCCCGGAGUUCUCUGUGCACAUGAAGAGAAAGGAAAUCGAUGGAAACCCGACAGUCAGUUAUGUGGUGGUCACCAUCAGCGAUUUUGCAUUUCACCUCAGCAAGGAUGUGGUCACUGUGAACGACCUGCCCGUCAAACUUCCACAUUACCAGGCCGGAGUACAAGUGGAAAGAAAUGCAGUCUACAUCAAGCUCCAGUCCAAAGUUGGCAUCAUUGUCAUGUGGAACCUUGAUGAUGCAGUCAUGGUGGAAAUUGAUAAUGAUUACACUAACUACACUUGUGGACUUUGUGGAGAUUUUAACGGUGUUCCAGUUUACAAUGAGUUCCUCCUUGAUGGUCGGAAAAUCAGCCCCAUUGAGUUUGGCAACAUACAUAAAGUCCAUCGUCCAAAUGAUGAUUGUGAGGACCCAUAUGAAGAGGAAGAUGUGUCACAGAAAGCUAUGAAUGUGCCAGAGUCAUGCAAAGAGUUUCAAAACACGUGUGAAGAGAUGCUGCAUGCAGAAACCUGGAGCUCCUGCACCAAACUGAUUGACCCUGAGCCUUACAUUCAGGCCUGUGUGCAGGACAUGUGUGGCUGUACCAACCAUUCAGAUGACUUUUGUGUCUGCAGCACACUCUCUGAGUUCUCUCGACAGUGUUCCCAUGCAGGAGGGGAGCCUCCCAACUGGAGGACUUCUGAGUUCUGUGCCAAACAUUGCCCAUUCAACAUGGUUUAUGAAGAGAGUGGAUCCCCUUGUGUGGAUACCUGCACGCAUCAAAACACAAGCUCAUUCUGUGAAGACCACAAAAUGGACGGCUGCUUCUGUCCUCCUGGAACCGUGUUCGAUGACAUUUCCAUGAGGGGGUGUAUUGCUCAGUCUGAAUGCCAGUGCAAGCAUGGAAAAAUCUAUGAAUCUGGUGAAGUUUACAGACAGGAGCGAGAGGAAUGCACGUGUUUUGAGGGUAGAUGGGCUUGUGAAAGUCUUUCAACACCUUCUACAUGUGCGGUUGAAGAAGGUUCACAUGUAACCACCUUUGAUGGGAAAGACUUCACCUUCCACGGAGACUGUUACUACACCCUGGCCAAGGUGAAAAGAAAGGAUGAUGCAAGCCCUAAGUUUACCAUCCUGGUCCAACUGGUACCAUGUACACACGAAGAGUAUGACACUUGUCUGAAGACCAUCAAAAUCCUGCUGAACAAUGACAGAAACAAUGUGUUAACAUUCACUGCUGAUGGCACAGUAAAGCAGAAUAUGCAGAGUAUCAAUUUGCCGUACUUCUCAGCGGAUAUCAGUAUAUUCCAUGCUUCGUCCUUUCACAUCAUCCUCCAGACCAGUUUUGGUUUGCAAAUUCAGAUCCAACAUGUGCCCCUCAUGCAAGUUUAUGUCAGCCUGGAGCAGAGCUACAAGGAAAAGACACGUGGGUUAUGUGGGAACUACAACAUGGUCCUGUCUGAUGACAUGAACACUCGUCAGGGAAUUGUGGAGGGAAACGCAGCAGCUUUUAGUAACUCCUGGAAGGCUAGCCAUAUAUGCCAAGACAGAGAAGAAAGACUCGAUGACCCUUGUUCUUUCAGCGUGGAAAAUGAAAAGUAUGCCAAUCACUGGUGCAGCUUACUACGGCAGCCAAAUAGUACCUUUGCAGAGUGCCAUUCUGUGGUGGAUCCUGAGAUUUACUACAAGCGAUGUAUUUAUGCUAGCUGUAACUGUGAGAAGAGCGAGGACUGCCUGUGUGCUGUUUUCUCCUCCUAUGCCAGAGCUUGUGCAUCAAAGGGAGUGUUCUUGACAGACUGGAGAGAGAAUGUGUGCGACAAAUACACCAAGAACUGCCCAGAAUCUCAGACCUUCUCUUACAAACAUCAGAGAUGCCAGCUGACUUGCAGAUCUUUGAGCUUAAAGCAGCAGAGCUGCACCUCUGAUUUCUUGCCUGUGGAUGGCUGUUCCUGCACUGAGGGUCACUACCUAGAUGACAAUGGCAUCUGUGUCCCAGUGGCAAAUUGUCCCUGUUACCAUAAUGAAGUCUAUGUUAAGUCAGGCAAGUCCAUCACCAUCAACAACGAGCGCUGUGUAUGCACUAAUGGAGUUCUUCAUUGCCAUUCUGGGAGAACCCGCAUGUCAACUUGCGCUUCUCCUAAAGAAUACUUCAACUGCUCCACUGCAAGCGCAGGAGUUGUUGGAGUGCAGUGUGUUCAAACUUGUUUAAAUCUGGACAAUGAUGAUUGUGAUGCCACAGAGUGUGAAUCUGGUUGUCGGUGUCCCAGUGGCCUCCUUGAUGAUGGUAAAGGUUUCUGUGUGAAAGAAAGUGACUGUCCAUGCAAACAUGAAGGCCAUCUCUAUGUCUCUGGAACACGAAUACCUAACCAGUGCAACACCUGUACCUGCCAAAGUGGAAAAUGGACAUGCACAGAGAAAAAAUGUCCAGGAACUUGCAUUAUUUAUGGAAGUGGUCACUACACUACAUUUGAUCAGAAAAAAUAUGCAUUUCAAGGACAGUGUGGCUAUAUUGCUGUAAAGAACAACUGUGGCAAUGAAACAGUGCACGACAACUUUGGAGUUAUCAUUGAAAAUGUACCUUGUGGAUCUACGGGCACCACCUGCUCUAAAAAAGUCAGAAUUCAACUGGGGAGAAUGGAAAUCAAACUAUCAAGGGGAAGAUUUGAAGAGGAUGAUCUGGGACAUGGGCCUCUGAUCAAGUACAGAAUAAGGAAGGUUGGCUUGUAUGUGGUUAUAGAAUCUGUCAUCGGUGUGGCAGUGAUGUGGGAUCGCAAAACAGCUGUUCGGAUUCUGCUGGAACCAACACACUUUGGAGAGGUGUGUGGCCUGUGUGGAAAUUUUGAUGGUGAUGGACAGAAUGACUACACCACCCAGGGUCAGCUGGUGGUGAGCAAUCUACUCGAAUUUGCAAACAGCUGGAAAGUUUCUAGCUCCUGUCCAGAUGCGGAGGAGAACAUUGAUCCUUGUGCAGUAACCCCCAGUCGACAUAAGUGGGCAAAAAUGAUGUGUAGCAUCAUAAUUGGAGAAACAUUUAAAGAAUGCCACAGAAAGGUUAGCCCCAUUCCUUUUUAUGAAAACUGUGUGAAAGACUCAUGUGCCUGCGACACUGGGGGAGACUGUGAAUGUUUCUGCACAGCAGUUGCAGUUUAUGCUCAGGCUUGCAAUGAGCAUGAUGUUUGCGUUGCAUGGAGAACUCCAGAGAUCUGUCCUGUCUAUUGUGAUUACUAUAACGGCCCAACGGAAUGCAUAUGGCACUAUAACCCUUGCCACCGUCCAUGCUACAACACCUGCCUGAAUCCAGAAGGCGUAUGUUUCAAUCCGAUACCCACCCUGGAAGGCUGUUAUCCUGUAUGUCCAGAAGAUAAGCCCAUAUUUGAUGAGGAAAACCAAACAUGUGUGGAUGUAUGUCCAGAGCCAAAUACACCUACUCCUCCCACGACCACAACUACAAUGACACAGCCAACUUCCACAACUACACCUCCUACUACAACAACUACAACUACAAGUACCACAACGACUACGAAAAGUACAACCACAAUGUCACUGACUACUUGCAUUCCAGAAUUCAAAUGUGAGUGGUCAGACUGGUAUGAUGUGGAUGAUCCUACGGACAAGAGUGACUGGGAAACAUACAAAAACAUCACAGAUACUGGUCUUCAAAUAUGUAACAAUAUUGAAGAUAUUGACUGUAGAGCAGUAAAUUACCCUGACAAAACAUUUAAUGACUUUGUGGCUGAAACUGGCCAAGUUGUUACUUGUCGAAAGGACAUUGGUUUAAUAUGUAAAGUAGAGGACCAGAUCAGACCACCAAAAAAGUGUUUUGACUACAAGAUCAAAUUAAAAUGUUGCGAUGUGAUAUGUUCAACCACAACAACGUCUCCUACUAAAACUACCACUACAUCUCCAACCACCACCACGACUACAACUACCACUACCACCAUGACCUAUACUCCAACUACCACCAGAUCUUCAACUACAACUACCACUACAACUCAAACUAUAUCUACCACCACAUAUCCAACUACAACUACCACCACGACUCCAACUACCACUACCACAACAUCUCCAACUACUACCAAGACUCCAACUACCACCACAUCCCCAACUACAACGACCACUACGACUCCAACUACUUCUACCACCACAUCUACAACUAAAACUACCACCAAAUCUACAACUGCCACCACAUAUCCAACUACCACCACAUAUCCAACUACCACUACAUGUCCAACCACAACUAACACCACAUCUCCAACUACUACUACAGAGCCAACUACAACCAUAUCCCCAACUACUACCAUGACUCCAACUACCACCACAUCCCCAACUACAACUACAGAGCCAAAUUCCACCACAUCUCCAACUACAAUCACGACUCCAACUACCACCACAUCCCCAACUACUACCACAUAUCCAACCACAACUCCCACUACGACUCCAACUACUACUACAGAGCCAACUACCACCAUGUCCCCAACUGCUACCAUGACUCCAACUACCACUACAUCCCAAUCUACAACUACCACUAUGACUCCAACUACCACCACAUAUCCAACAACUACCACUACGACUCCAACUACUUCUACCACCACAUCUACAACUACUACUACAUAUCCAACUACCACCACAUCCCCAACUACAACUACCACAAUGACUACAACUACCACUACGACAACAUCUCCAACUACUACCACGACUCCAACUACCACCACAUCCCCAACUACAACUACCACCACAUCUCCAACUACAACUACCACUACGACUCCAACUACCACCACAUAUCCAACCACAACUACCACCACAUCUCCAACUACAACUACAGAGCCAACUACCACCAUAUCUCCAACUACUACCACGACUCAAACUACCACCAUAUCCCCAACUACAACUACCACUACGACUCCAACUACUUCUACCACCACAUCUCCAACUACAACUACUACCACAUCUCCAACUACUACUACAGAGCCAACUACCACCACAUCCCCAACUGCUACCACGACUCCAACUACCACGACAUCCCAAACUACAACUACCACUAUGACUCCAACUACCACCACAUAUCCAACAACAACUACCACUACAACUCCAACUACUUCUACCACCACAUCUACAACUACUACUACAUAUCCAACUACCACCACAUCCCCAACUACAACUACCACAAUGACUACAACUACCACUACGACAACAUCUCCAACUACUACCACGACUCCAACUACCACCACAUCCCCAACUACAACUACCACCACAUCUCCAACUACAACUACCACUACGACUCCAACUACCACCACAUAUCCAACCACAACUACCACCACAUCUCCAACUACAACUACAGAGCCAACUACCACCAUAUCUCCAACUACUACCACGACUCAAACUACCACCAUAUCCCCAACUACACCUACCACUACGACUCCAACUACUUCUACCACCACAUCUCCAACUACAACUACUACCACAUCUCCAACUACUACUACAGAGCCAACUACCACCACAUCCCCAACUGCUACCACGACUCCAACUACCACUACAUCCCAAACUACAACUACCACUAUGACUCCAACUACCACCACAUAUCCAACAACAACUACCACUACGACUCCAACUACUUCUACCACCACAUCUCCAACUACUACUACAGAGCCAACGACCACCACAUCCCCAACUACUACCACAUAUCCAACGACAACUACCACUACGACUCCAACUACUACUACAGAGCCAACUACCACCAUGUCCCCAACUACAACUACAACUACGACUCCAACUACCACCACAUAUCCAACCACAACUACCACCACAUCUCCAACUACAACUACAGAGCCAACUACCACCACAUCCCCAACUUCUACCACGACUCCAAUUACCACUACCACCACAUCUCCAACUACAACUGCCACCACAUCUCCAACUACUACUACAGAGUCAACUACCACCACAUAUCCAACUACUGCCACGACUCCAACUACCACUACAAUUCCAACUACCACCACAUAUCCAACCACAACUACCACCACAUCUCCAACUACAACUACAGAGCCAACUACCACCAUAUCUCCAACUACUACCACGACUCAAACUACCACCAUAUCCCCAACUACAACUACCACUACGACUCCAACUACUUCUACCACCACAUCUCCAACUACAACUACUACCACAUCUCCAACUACUACUACAGAGCCAACUACCACCACAUCCCCAACUGCUACCACGACUCCAACUACCACUACAUCCCAAACUACAACUACCACUAUGACUCCAACUACCACCACAUAUCCAACAACAACUACCACUACGACUCCAACUACUUCUACCACCACAUCUCCAACUACUACUACAGAGCCAACGACCACCACAUCCCCAACUACUACCACAUAUCCAACGACAACUACCACUACGACUCCAACUACUACUACAGAGCCAACUACCACCAUGUCCCCAACUACAACUACUACUACGACUCCAACUACCACCACAUAUCCAACCACAACUACCACCACAUCUCCAACUACUACUACAGAGCCAACUACCACCACAUCCCCAACUUCUACCACGACUCCAAUUACCACUACCACCACAUCUCCAACUACAACUGCCACCACAUCUCCAACUACUACUACAGAGUCAACUACCACCACAUAUCCAACUACUGCCACGACUCCAACUACCACUACAAUUCCAACUACCACCACAUAUCCAACCACAACUACCACCACAUCUCCAACUACAACUACAGAGCCAACUACCACCAUAUCUCCAACUACUACCACGACUCAAACUACCACCAUAUCCCCAACUACAACUACCACUACGACUCCAACUACUUCUACCACCACAUCUCCAACUACAACUACUACCACAUCUCCAACUACUACUACAGAGCCAACUACCACCACAUCCCCAACUGCUACCACGACUCCAACUACCACUACAUCCCAAACUACAACUACCACUAUGACUCCAACUACCACCACAUAUCCAACAACAACUACCACUACGACUCCAACUACUUCUACCACCACAUCUCCAACUACUACUACAGAGCCAACGACCACCACAUCCCCAACUACUACCACAUAUCCAACGACAACUACCACUACGACUCCAACUACUACUACAGAGCCAACUACCACCAUGUCCCCAACUACAACUACUACUACGACUCCAACUACCACCACAUAUCCAACCACAACUACCACCACAUCUCCAACUCCAACUACAGAGCCAACUACCACCAUAUCUCCAACUACUACCACGACUCAAACUACCACCAUAUCUCCAACUACAACUACCACCACAUCUCCAACUCCAACUACAGAGCCAACUACCACCAUAUCUCCAACUACUACCACGACUCAAACUACCACCAUAUCCCCAACUACAACUACCACUACGACUCCAACUACUUCUACCACCACAUCUCCAACUACAACUACCACCACAUCUCCAACUACUACUACAGAGUCAACUUCCACCACAUCCCCAAAUACUGCCACGACUCCAACUACCACUAGCACCACAUCUCCAACUACAACUACUACCGUGACUCCAACUACAAGUACCACAACGACUCCAACUAUCACAAGUACAACUCCAAUGUCAUCAACUACUUUCAUUCCAGAAUUCAAAUGUGAGUGGUCAGACUGGUAUGAUGUGGAUGAUCCUACGGACAAAAGUGACUGGGAAACAUACAAAAACAUCACAGAUACUGGUCUUCAAAUAUGUAACAAUAUUGAAGAUAUUGACUGUAGAGCAGUAAAUUACCCUGACAAAACAUUUAAUGACUUUGUGGCUGAAACUGGCCAAGUUGUUACUUGUCGAAAGGACAUUGGCUUAAUAUGUAAAGUAGAGCACCAGAUCAGACCACCAAAAAAGUGUUUUGACUACAAGAUCAAAUUAAAAUGUUGUGAUGUGAUAUGUUCAGCCACAACCACGUCUCCUACUAAAACUACCACUACAUCUCCAACCACCACCGUGACUCCAACCUCCACUACCACCAUGACUCCAACUCCAACUACCACCAGAUCUCCAACUACAACUACCACAACGACUCCAUCUACUACUACCACCACAUCCCCUGCUACAACUACCACAACAACUACAACUACCACAAUGACUCCAACUACCACUACGACAACAUCUCCAACUACUACCACGACUCCAACUACCACCACAUCCCCAACUACAACUACCACAAUGACUACAACUACAACUACCACCACGACUACAACUACCACCACAUAUCCAACUACAACUACCACUACGACUCCAACUACCACCACAUAUCCAACCACAACUACCACCACAUCUCCAACUACAACUACAGAGCCAACUACCACCAUAUCUCGAACUACUACCACGACUCAAACUACCACCAUAUCCCCAACUACAACUACCACUACGACUCCAACUACUUCUACCACCACAUCUCCAACUACAACUACUACCACAUCUCCAACUACUACUACAGAGUCAACUACCACCACAUCCCCAACUACUGCCACGACUCCAACUACCACUAGCACCACAUCUCCAACUACAACUACCACCACAUCUCCAACUACAACUACCGCAACGACUCCAUCUACAACUACCACCACAUCCCCUACUACAAUUACCACAACAACUACAACUACCACCACGACUCCAACUACCACUACGACAACAACUGCAACUACCACUAUGACUCCAACUACCACCACAUAUCCAACAACAACUACCACUAGAACUACAACUACUUCUACCACCACAUCCCCAACUACAACUACCACUACGACUCCAACUACUUCUACCACCACAUCUACAACUACUACUACAUCUCCAACUACCACCAUAUAUCCAACCACAACUACCACCACAUCUCCAACUAGUACUACAGAGCCAACGACCACCACAUCUCCAACUACAACUACCACAACGACUCCAUCUACAACUACCACCACAUCCCCUACUACAAUUACCACAACAACUACAACUACCACCACGACUCCAACUACCACUACGACAACAACUGCAACUACCACUAUGACUCCAACUACCACCACAUAUCCAACAACAACUACCACUACAACUACAACUACUUCUACCACCACAUCCCCAACUACAACUACCACUACGACUCCAACUACUUCUACCACCACAUCUACAACUACUACUACAUCUCCAACUACCACCACAUAUCCAACCACUACUACCACCACAUCUCCAACUACUACUACAGAGCCAACGACCACCACAUCUCCAACUACAACUACCACUAUGACUCCAACUACCACCACAUAUCCAACCACAACUACCACCACAUCUCCACCUACAACUACAGAGCCAACUACCACCAUAUCUCCAACUACUAUCACGACUCCAACUACCACCACAUCCCUAACUACUACCACGACUCAAACUACCACCAUAUCCCCAACAACAACUACCACUACAACUACUUCUACCAGCACAUCUACAACCACAACUACCACCACAUCUCCAACUACUACUACAGAGACAACUACCACCACAUCCCCAACUUCUACCACGACUCCAACUACCACUAGCACCACAUCUCCAACUACAACUACCACCACAUCUCCAACUACUACUACAGAGUCAACUACCACCACAUCCCCAACUACUGCCACGACUCCAACUAUCACUACAAUUCCAACUACCACCACAUAUCCAACCACAACUACCACCACAUCCCCAACUACAUCUACUUUGCCAACUUCCACCACAUCUUCAACUACAACUACCACCACGACUACAUCUACUUCUACCACCACAUAUCCAACCACAACUACCACCACAUCUCCAACUACAACUACAGAGCCAACUACCACCAUAUCUCCAACUUCUACCACGACUCCAACUACCACUACAUCCCCAACUACAACUACAACUACAACUACCACUACGACUCCAACUACUUCUACCACCACAUCUCCAACUACAACUACCACCACAUCUCCAACUACUACUACAGAGUCAACGACCACCACAUCCCCAACUACUGCCACGACAUCCCCAACUCCAACUACCACUACAACUCCAACUACCACCACAUAUCCAACCACAACUACCACCACAUCCCCAACUACAACUACUUUGCCAACUUCCACCACAUCUUCAACUACAACUACCACCAUGACUACAACUACUUCUACCAGCACAUCUACAGCCACAACUACCACCACAUCUCCAACUACUACUACAGAGCCAACGACCACCACAUCCCCAACUACAACUACCACUACGAUUCCAACUGCCACCACAUAUCCAACUACAACUACCUCCACAUCUCCAACUACUACUACAGAGCCAACUACCACCACAUCUCCAACUACUAUCACGACUCCAACUUCCACCACAUCUCCAACUACAACUACCACAACGACUCCAUCUACAACUACCACCACAUCCCCUACUACAAGUACCACAACAACUACAACUACCACCACGACUCCAACUACCACUACGACAACAACUACAACUACCACCACGACUCCAGCUACCACCACAUAUCCAACUACAACUACCACUACGACUCCAACUACUUCUACCACCACAUCUACAACUACUACUACAUCUCCAACUACCACCACUCCAAGUACCACCGCAUCCCUAACUACUACCACGACUCAAACUACCACCAUAUCCCCAACUACAACUACCACUACAACUACUUCUACCAGCACAUCUACAACCACAACUACCACCACAUCUCCAACUUCUACUACAGAGACAACUACCACCACAUCCCCAACUGCUACCACGACUCCAACUACCACUAGCACCACAUCUCCAACUACAACUACCACCACAUCUCCAACUACUACUACAGAGUCAACUACCACCACAUCCCCAACUACUGCCACGACUCCAACUACCACUACAAUUCCAACUACCACCACAUAUCCAACCACAACUACCACCACAUCCCCAACUACAUCUAUUUUGCCAACUUCCACCACAUCUUCAACUACAACUACCACCACGACUACAUCUACUUCUACCACCACAUAUCCAACCACAACUACCACCACAUCUCCAACUACAACUACAGAGCCAACUACCACCAUAUCCCCAACUACUGCCACGACAUCCCCAACUCCAACUACCACUACAACUCCAACUACCACCACAUAUCCAACCACAACUACCACCACAUCCCCAACUACAACUACUUUGCCAACUUCCACCACAUCUUCAACUACAACUACCACCAUGACUACAACUACUUCUACCAGCACAUCUACAGCCACAACUACCACCACAUCUCCAACUACUACUACAGAGCCAACGACCACCACAUCCCCAACUACUAUCACGACUCCAACUUCCACCACAUCUCCAACUACAACUACCACAACGACUCCAUCUACAACUACCACCACAUCCCCUACUACAAGUACCACAACAACUACAACUACCACCACGACUCCAACUACCACUACGACAACAACUACAACUACCACUAUGACUCCAGCUAUCACCACAUAUCCAACAGCAACCACCACUAUGACUCCAACUACCACCACAUCACCAACUACAACUACCACUACGACUCCAACUACUUCUACCACCACAUCUACAACUACUACUACAUCUCCAACUACCACCACAUAUCCAACCACAACUACCACCACAUCUCCAACUACUACUACAGAGCCAACGACCACCACAUCUCCAACUACAACUACCACUAUGACUCCAACUACCACCACAUAUCCAACCACAACUACCACCACAUCUCCACCUACAACUACAGAGCCAACUACCACCAUAUCUCCAACUACAACUACCACCACAUCCCCAACUACUGCCACGACUCCAACUACCACUAGCACCACAUCUCCAACUACAACUACCACCACAUCUCCAACUACUACUACAGAGCCAACUGCCACCACAUCCCCAACUACUGCCACGACAUCCCCAACUCCAACUACCACUACAACUCCAACUACCACCACAUAUCCAACCACAACUACCACCACAUCCCCAACUACAACUACUUUGCCAACUUCCACCACAUCUUCAACUACAACUACCACCAUGACUACAACUACUUCUACCAGCACAUCUACAGCCACAACUACCACCACAUCUCCAACUACUACUACAGAGCCAACGACCACCACAUCCCCAACUACUAUCACGACUCCAACUUCCACCACAUCUCCAACUACAACUACCACAACGACUCCAUCUACAACUACCACCACAUCCCCUACUACAAGUACCACAACAACUACAACUACCACCACGACUCCAACUACCACUACGACAACAACUACAACUACCACUAUGACUCCAGCUAUCACCACAUAUCCAACAGCAACCACCACUAUGACUCCAACUACCACCACAUCACCAACUACAACUACCACUACGACUCCAACUACUUCUACCACCACAUCUACAACUACUACUACAUCUCCAACUACCACCACAUAUCCAACCACAACUACCACCACAUCUCCAACUACUACUACAGAGCCAACGACCACCACAUCUCCAACUACAACUACCACUAUGACUCCAACUACCACCACAUAUCCAACCACAACUACCACCACAUCUCCACCUACAACUACAGAGCCAACUACCACCAUAUCUCCAACUACUAUCACGACUCCAACUACCACCACAUCCCUAACUACUACCACGACUCAAACUACCACCAUAUCCCCAACUACAACUACCACUACAACUACUUCUACCAGCACAUCUACAACCACAACUACCACCACAUCUCCAACUACUACUACAGAGCCAACUACCACCACAUCCCCAACUUCUACCACGACUCCAAUUACCACUACCACCACAUCUCCAACUACAACUGCCACCACAUCUCCAACUACUACUACAGAGUCAACUACCACCACAUAUCCAACUACUGCCACGACUCCAACUACCACUACAAUUCCAACUACCACCACAUAUCCAACCACAACUACCACCACAUCCCCAACUACAUCUACUUUGCCAACUUCCACCACAUCUUCAACUACAACUACCACCACGACUACAUCUACUUCUACCACCACAUAUCCAACCACAACUACCACCACAUCUCCAACUACAACUACAGAGCCAACUACCACCAUAUCUCCAACUUCUACCACGACUCCAACUACCACUACAUCCCCAACUACAACUACCACCACGACUACAACUACCACCACAUAUCCAACAACAACUACCACUACGACUCCAACUACUUCUACCACCACAUCUCCAACUACAACUACCACCACAUCUCCAACUACUACUACAGAGUCAACGACCACCACAUCCCCAACUACUGCCACGACUCCAACUACCACUAGCACCACAUCUCCAAUUACAACUACCACCACAUCUCCAACUACUACUACAGAGUCAACUACCACCAUAUCCCCAACUACUGCCACGACAUCCCCAACUCCAACUACCACUACAACUCCAACUACCACCACAUAUCCAACCACUACUACCACCAUAUCCCCAACUACAACUACUUUGCCAACUUCCACUACAUCUUCAACUACAACUACCACCACGACUACAACUACUUCUACCAGCACAUCUACAACUACAACUACCACCACAUCUCCAACUACUACAACAGAGCCAACUACCACCACAUAUCCAACUAUCACCACAUAUGCAACCACAACUACCACCAUAUCCCCAACUACUACUACAGAGCCAACUACCACCAUAUCUCCAACUACCUCCACAUAUCCAAUCACUACUACAGAGCCAACUACCACCACAUCCCCACCUUCUACCACGACUCCAACUACCACUACAUCCCCAACUACAACUACCACUACGACUCCAACUACCACCACAUAUCCAACAACUCCUACCACAUCCCCAAAUACAACUACAGAGCCAUCUACCACCACAUCUCCAACUACAACUACAGUGCCAACUACAACCCCAACCCUGACCUCUUCGACAGUAGCAACACCAAAAACAACAAAGAAAGUGGACUGCCCUGACUGGGGUGUUUCACAAAAUGAGACCUUCUAUUUUUGCAACUGCACCAUGGCCAGAUGCAUAGAGAACAACACAAUAGAAAUUAUUCCAUAUGAAUGUCCCCCUCUUCAAAACAUAACUUGCACCAAUGGAAAGGAACCAGUCCUUGUGUAUGAUGAGUACUACUGCUGUCAAUAUUAUACUUGUGACUGUGUAUGUGAAGGGUGGGGAGAUCCACAUUACAUCACAUUUGAUGGACUGUUCUACAGUUAUCAAGGAAACUGCACUUAUGUUUUGAUGAAAGAGAUUUUACCAACACAUAACUUGGAGAUUUAUAUUGACAAUAUCUUUUGUGAUCCAACUGAAGAUGUUUCUUGUCCCCGAUCAAUAACAGUGGCAUAUGUAUCACAAGUCAUUACACUCAUUAAUCAUAAUCUUAUUGGAGCUGCACAAUUGGAGGCACUGAAAAAUGGAGAAAGUUUAAACCUACCUUAUUCGCAACAAGGUGUUAAGAUUGUGAAUUCAGGUCUGAACCUGAUUUUAGAGAUUCCUCGACUAAAAGUGGUUAUUACAUUUGGAAUAACUGGCUUCAGCGUAACCCUUCCAUUCCAGUACUUUGGCAAAAACACACAGGGCCAUUGUGGAACAUGCAACAAUAACCAGGCUGAUGACUGCAUGUUGCCUGGAGGUAAGCUGGUGGAAAGCUGUGCAGUGAUGGCUGACUAUUGGCCUGUUGAAGACCCUUACAAACCCAACUGCUCAAUACCACCAGCACUACCUACCAGUGCACCUGAACCACCACCUACCUUAGCUCCAUGCAAACCAGACUCCAUGUGUGACCUGCUUAAAAGCAGUGUCUUUGCAGAGUGCCAUCCAUUUGUCUCUCCAGAAAAUUUCUACAGAGGUUGUGUAUUUGAUAGCUGUCAUGUUUCCAACCCAACAGUGGAAUGCACAAGUUUACAGACUUAUGCUGCAGCCUGUGCUCAGGCUGGAGUUUGCAUUUACUGGAGGAACCACACCAAACUGUGUGCUGGUGAAUGCCCAUCAGGCAAAGUUUACAAGCCUUGUGGUCCUGUAGAACAGCCAACCUGUGAAGACAAUCCCAGUGAACCAACUAUGAACUAUACUACUGAGGGCUGCUUCUGUCCUGAUGGAAUGAAACUUUUUAACCAGGAGUCUGGAAUAUGUGUUGAAAAAUGUGGAUGUCUUGAUCCUGAGGGCAUUCCUCGUGAGUUCAAUGAAAGAUUUGAGUACAAAUGCCAGGACUGCAUCUGUGAAGAAUCCACCAGGACUGUGACUUGCAAGCCUAAGGUGUGCCCACCAUCAGCCACUACAGACUGCUCUGCUCCUGGGUUUGUCCUUGUCAACCAGACCAGUCUGUCAGACCCCUGCUGUUCUGUCUAUGUUUGCCAAUGUCAAGCUAACACCUGCCCAGUCACCAAUAUGAACUGUCCAAUUGGAUAUAAGCCAGUUGUCAGUGUCCCUGUGGGAAAAUGCUGUCCAGAACAUAGAUGUGAACCUAAAAGAGUUUGUGUUCACAGAGAAACUGAAUACCAGCCUGGUUCUUCAGUUCCUGUGAUUGCAUGUCAGGAUUGUACCUGUGCCAAUGAGAUUGACCCAAAAUCUGGUCUAUUAAAAAUAAUUUGUGUGUUUCAACAAUGUAAAGAAAGCUGCGAACUGGGAUAUGAAUAUGUGGAAACUGAUUCAGAUGAAUGCUGUGGGAAGUGUGUACAGACACACUGUGUUGUCAGCAUUAAUGGAACCAAACAACUUUUGACUCAAGGAGAAACCUGGUCACAACCGGAGAAUAAGUGUGAACAUUACACCUGUGUCAAGAAUGGUGAGACUUUAACAGCAAGUCAUUCACAGACUGUCUGCCCACCCUUCCAAGAGAGCAACUGCCAACCUGAAACAAUUCAAACUGCAGCAAACGGCUGUUGCAAAAUUUGCGUGGAGAAGGAGAAGGGAUGCAAGUUAAUGUCCAUGAAAACCCAUAUUACAUUCAACGGUUGUCAGUCUGCCCAGGAGGUAGAGAUGCCAUAUUGUGAAGGAUCCUGCAACACUUACACCAUGUACUCUGAAGCAGCAGCAGCGAUGGAGCAUUCCUGCUCAUGCUGUAAGGAGAUAAACUUCAGCAAUCGCACUGCUGACCUUGUCUGCCUGAAUGGAGACACGGUCCCCUACACAUACAUGUAUGUGGAGCAGUGUGGUUGUACCAAGACCGACUGCACCAGAGCUGGACAUCAUGUUCGCAGGAAGAGAAGCUUCACACUGCUGUGA